AUGUCGUUCUGCUCGUGGGACGGAGGCGAGAAAUACAGAAACCACUUUGAAGCUGGUAUUAAUUUUAUAUUAUUCUUCUGUCGUAAGCCAUAAUAUUUUCUUUCUCUCUCCAGCAAUGCCAUGAUCAAUGGAGAUCGCGAGUAUGUUAUUCGCUUUGAUUAUGCAAACAAGUGUUCAGACGAAAUUUAAAUUACGUGCAUGUACUAUGUAGGUUUAAUUUGUCGGUACAAAGGAUUUUUCGACAAAUCUAAGAGUAUUAGAAUUUAAAUUACGACUAGAAAUGAGCGAUCUCAACAGGAGAGUUCAAAUUUCUGCAUUUUGUGGUACAUACAAUAAUUAGCAAAUUAGCUACUUGUUUUGAGGAAUUUGUACAAAUGAACGAAUGCGCUUGUUCUUCUUAAUCAGAGACGCGACGAAAUCAGGCCCAAGCCAUACUGGCAAUUUUAGAGCGGUUUAAAAAGUAUUUGUUGAUGCAUCUAGCCAAAGGUUGUGGUUUAAAAAGAUGACGUGCUUCGGCUGAUAUCGUAGCCACAAUGCUGAGUCAUUUAUACAUGUAGGCCUUGACAACACGAGUCAUCAUAAGAGAAGGGGGGAGUACUGAGAAGGGGGGUUGGGGUGGGGUGGUUUAGGAGUACUCCUUAUCUAUAAAAUAAAGAUUAUCUUGGAUUUUUUUAAAAUUAUUCAUUAAUUAGAAUAGGUGAAAUCUGGACUAUGACUUUCUAUAGCAACUUAAGUCUGUAAAAUGCUUCUUCUGUUACAUGAACUUUUCAUUGGAAACAUUGUUAAAUACUGUGAUGUUUAUAAAUUGUGAGUCUGUGAUGAUAAAAUCUAUCUAUUUCUUGAGUUAACUGGUGCUAAGAGGAAGUUUUCAGGAAAGCAAUGGAAAAGUCUUCUCUUGUGUGAAUCAGCUGAGUUUCCUUCCAUCCUUGUGGAGGGUUCUGCCUACAGGGGAGGUGGGGGGGGGAGGGAAAAGGGGGUUAAACAGCCUCCUCAGUAUGUUGCACUGCUUCCAUUCCAAAUAUCUUUUAAUCAAUUCUCCUUGCUGUCUUCAAUACAUUUCUUUCAAUUUUGGAGCUAAGAGUUUUUUGCUUAUCAAACAAUAUUCCCUCGUUGAUCUAUUAAUUUCUUCUCAUCACCUUUCCUGUUAAUGCUGUUUUGAUAUUGGAAGGAGAAUUUCCUUGUAGGUCACUUUUGAUAGUGCUGAAAUGGUUGAAUGUUGAGAUUGGUUUCUUUUUGUCUGGGCUUUGGUUGGAUAGUGUGAUUGCAUUUUUAUUUGUGUGGUAUUUUGAUGAUUGCAUUUUGUUGCUCUUUGCAGGAAUUUAUAUUUGUCCCAAAUGUGGUCACAAGCUCUUCAGUGCCAAGGCAAAAUACAAGCAUAAUACACCUUGGCCAGCAUUUACAGAGACAAUCAGAGCAGACAGUGUGUCAAAAGCUGAUGAAACUGAACCUCAGACAAGCAGUAAGGCUAAAGCGCUAAAGGUAGUUGUGUAGUGAGAUGCAUUCUGACACUUUUUCUCUAGUUAGUAUACUGCAAUCUCUCAUCUGAACAGUUUUACCUGUUUUUAAAAACUCUUAUCCAAUAACAUUGGAGGGUAGAUGCCCUUAAGACAGCAACAAAGGAGGGAGGCAUUAUUCUCACCAGCAAGGUCACCAUGGCAAUUGAGUUGUGUGCAUUCAUUCACAUAUCUAAGGGUGGAUAAUUUUUUACCAUGAUAUAGAAUUCUCUAGCUAAAUUACAAUGGACUGACCUAUUUUUAAACUUUAGAUGUGGAGAAUGUUCCACUACAUUUCUUCACCCUCUACACCCUAACAUCAAUAUGCAUAAUCUCCUUAUUGUUCUCUAUACUUCUCUUGAGGUGCUGACAAGGAGAAUUUGUUAAACAAUCAAGAGCUUCUUUUGUUGAUGAUCAUGUCCCUUUUUUCUUGUGAUUUUAAUGUGUGAUUCAGGGCUGAUAUUAAUUAUUAACCCUUUGACUCCCAGAUCAAAUUUGUAUUUCUCCUUACUGUCAACCAUAUAAUUAUCAUAAUGUUAGUUCAGAGAAUUUAGUAUUGGAUCAACUAAUUAUCCUCAAAUUGAUAUUUUUCUUUAUUCUCAUCACUUAUCUGGUUGAUAUUGUAUUGAUAUUGUAAGGAGAAAUUCUGUCUUGGUCACUUAUGGGAGUUAAGGGUGCUAGUUAGAUGCUAGUCAUUCCUAGAGAUCAAAAGGUUAAUAACCUUGUCUCUGGUUUUAUUGUUAAUUCUCUCCUCUAGCUGCGACUCAUUACCUUGUAGUUACGAGAAGUUAGUGCUAAAUCAAGAUAGCAGCUUCUUCUUGAUAAGUUGGAAUAUUCUCAUUACCUGUUUGCUGAAUGGAUAAGUUAAUCACUUCUGGGAGUUAAAGGGUAAAUCAGGCAGAGGGUGGGAGGGGAGUGGGGAGGGGUUGCAUAAAUAACAUGGGUCUCAGGUAGGGAACAAAGGGGUUAUUGUAAGAUCCAAAGAGGUUCUUUUUUUUAUUGUUUUUAUUUUUCUUUGAUUUUUUCCUUGGUGUUUCUCUGCUUUUUGUUUUCAAGUAACAUCAGCUGGCUUAUUUACAAUUGCAACCAAUAAAAUCUGAACCAUGUUGAAGGAAGUGAAAUUCAUGUUUUAUUUUAUUUUCUCUUGUGAAGGUUAGCUGUGGUAAAUGUGGCAAUGGUCUAGGACAUGAAUUCAUAAAAGAUGGCCCUGAUGGAAUAUCCUCAAGGUUCUGAAUCUUCUCUGACUCACUGCAGUUUGUCCCCAAACAGGAGGAACAAGUCAGUGGGACAGCAUCUAGUUAUGUAAAUGGGAAAAACUAAAUAACAAAGCUACAUUGCAUUAAUAAGUCCUACAAACAGGUUGUAAAAAAAAAUCCAAGGUGAUAAAUUAGGUUGUUAUAAUAAUGAUAAUAAUCAAGUUUAUUUAUUAUUUAAAAUGUACAACUGCUUAAAAUAAUACAUGGUUUUGGUUCUGCUUUGUUUUGAAGGAAAAGUGUUGUAGAAUCUGUAAAAAUUAUAUUCAAGAUAAAGAUUUAAAUUUUUUGGAGAAUGAACCUGUAGGCAUAGAUAACUGUAAUUACUAGUUAGUGGCUGUCAGCAUUAAUUAUUGUGAUCUGAUGUAACAGCAAACCUUCAUGCAAUGUCUGUAACUGAAAUCAAAUUGCACAAAGAUUGUAGGACAUUUUACAGUUGUGCACUUAGUUGCCAAGCCUCUGAUUUGGAAUGUGUUGUGAUAGAGAUAGAUUGAUAAAUAUUGUUGUGAUAGUGUCUAGUUACCAUGAUAACAAAGUUAUUUACAUUUAAAAAGCAGUGACAUUUGUAUCAUAACCCUUAGCCUCACUCCUGUUCAAAGGCUUGGCAACCAAGCAUGCAGCUGUAAAAUGGACGAUUUUCAUUGGUGCAAGUGGACUGGUGACUAGAUCAAGUAGACAUAAGUAAUGUGUGUAUUUGGAUUACAUAAUAACCAUUUUGUUCAUGCAACUAUAGGUUUUUCUCAGAUAAUACUGUACAUUUAAUGCCUACAGUGUAGUUACUGAAGCUACAUUGAGAAUUUUUGUUGAGGAUUUCAAUGAGUGCAUGGGUCAUUGGGUUUUUGUUUGAAUUUGAUGAAAUGUCCAGGUGAAAACCCUUCCUUAAAGGGAAGCUGGAUGUGGAAGAUUUUCACAGCUUAAUGUGAUAUCAAAUAAAACUGCAAUAAACUAUGUUCACUCAGUUAGCUUUGACUUUUAAUAUUUAUGAUAUGAUAAGCUGAAUCAAACAGGCUUUUUGAUUGGUCCUCACUCAUGAUCUAUUGUAGGUGGGUGCCAUCAUAAACAAGAUUUUGCUUCUUCACUAUGUAAGAGAAGUAGAGUCCAUGUUGCUGUGCAUAUUACAUGGAUAUAGAUAGAACACUUAAUUCUCAUAGCCAGUCAACAAAGAUGUAUGCUCAUGUAUCAGGAGAAUCUGCAUUUUGAUAUAGGGAGGUCAAGGUUUCAAACAAUACUAGUAGCUUAUAUUUCAUCUUUUGUGCUGUUGUUUUUUAUCUAUUUGUUUGCAGCGUUUACUUGUGUUAAGUCGAAACUUGUAAUAACAAACUUGUUACAAGAAAUUUAAGGGUCAGCGGUUUAUCUGCAAUUAGGCUUCAGUCUCCUCGCGUCCGUAUACAUAUAUUGAAAUUUUCGCGCAAAAAAGAACAGUAAUGUUAUGCAGUUUGUCGUGCUGUGAUCGUUUCUUUGCUGCAUCUCGUGUACUCCUUCUAUCCAAACCGUCAGGUACGUUUUGCGUUGUCCUUUGCCGUUUGAUGUUUCGCUUUGUGAUCGUCAUUACUGUUGUCGGUAGUUGGCUG